AUAUCGCGAGAGGGCGGGUCCGCUUGGCUUCGGCGUCGGCGUCGGCGUCGCUCCUGCCCUGGAGCUCUAGGCCGGCGUCUCUCCGCGAGCCGCGGGUCAAGUGCCAGCGGCUAAGGGUGCGCGAGUAGUCGCCACCCGUUCGGCGUUGGCUCUGGCGUCGGGGUCGUUGUGCCGUGACAACCGCUCCGGUAGCCGUUUCCGAGGCAGCAGGUGCGGCCGCUUUAGCCCUGAGCGGGAUCUGCGGCUGCCUGCGAGUCUCUGCUGUGCCGACCCCUCUCUUCGCGGACCCCACGCCAAGCAGCGACCCUGAGCCGACAGCCGGAGCGCCCGGCAAUGGCGGCCUCGACGGCCUCGCACCGGCCCAUCAAGGGGAUCUUGAAGAACAAGACCUCUACGACUUCCUCUAUGGUGGCGUCGGCCGAACAGCCCCGCGGGAAUGUCGACGAGGAGCUGAGCAAAAAAUCCCAGAAGUGGGAUGAAAUGAACAUCUUGGCGACGUAUCAUCCAGCAGACAAAGACUAUGGUUUAAUGAAAAUAGAUGAACCAAGCACUCCUUACCAUAGUAUGAUGGGUGAUGAUGAAGAUGCCUGUAGUGACACCGAGACCACUGAAGCCAUGGCGCCAGACAUCUUAGCCAAGAAAUUAGCUGCUGCUGAAGGCUUGGAGCCAAAGUAUCGGAUUCAGGAACAAGAAAGCAGUGGAGAGGAGGAUAGUGACCUCUCACCUGAAGAACGAGAAAAAAAGCGACAAUUUGAAAUGAAAAGGAAGCUUCACUACAAUGAAGGACUCAAUAUCAAACUAGCCAGACAAUUAAUUUCAAAAGACCUACAUGAUGAUGAUGAAGAUGAAGAAAUGUUGGAGACUGCAGAUGGAGAAAGCAUGAAUACGGAAGAAUCAAAUCAAGGAUCUACUCCAAGUGACCAACAGCAAAACAAAUUACGAAGUUCAUAGAAGAGAUUUGUUCAACACUGCAGUUGUUUGUUAGAUGUAAACCCUGUGACUAUAGUACGUUGCUUCUUGUUCUUCACAAUUCAUGACUUAAGUACCAAAAUGCAUACCAGUUAUUAUAUAUUGCCAAGAAUUAAAUGAUAAACUUAGAGACUGAUUAGACUGAAAAUGCCUAAUCGAUAUAUAUAUUCUUGUGCCUAGUACUUUACCACAAAUACAGUGUAAUAUCAUCAGUCCAAAACUGCAUUACUUUUGUAAAAACACUGGUUAAUUUGUAUAAGAUAUUAUAGAGCUUUUUAUGCUUUAGAAGUUAAACAAUAUCUUUGGGGGGGAACUAAUUUAUUUUCAUCACUUGAAAUGUGGGUAGCUCUUACAAAGUUUAUUGAUUUGAUUUUUUUUAAAAUCAAAAGCCAAUUGAACAACAGGAUAUAUAGACUGAUAAAUAUUCAGGCUGAAUAGUAUUUUAACACUUGUCUUCAACUUGAUUUGUCUGUUUAAUUGAAAAGAAUUAUAAGAGUUACUGUUGCAUUUUCUGACCUACUAUCUUUAAAAUUCCCGUUGAGUUUCUUUGUGUUUACAAGGAAAGGACUGAACUUUUUCUCAUCAAAACUAGCUUUUUUCCCCACAAAUAAAUUAUCAGGUUAAACUUUCACCAAUGUCUGCUCUGUUUUUUGUUUUUGGGGGGUUUUUUGUUUGUUUUUGUUUUUUAAUGUUUUUGGUACACUGGGCAGACUUCAGAGCAGUUUUUUAAAAAAAUAAAUAUUCUAAUGUAGCUAUCUCGCCAUUCCCUUUAAAUACCUGUCUUAACCUCCUGCUUUUCUUUCCUACUCCUUUCCACACAUACGCACACAAUCUUCUACCUUUUAAAGGAUCAUUAAGACUGUCACCACAUUAGGAGCUCUUUCUCUCACUCUUCUGUCAUUUGCUGCUAUGUUGAAAUUCUUAUUUUGACCAUCAAUGCCUAUGAAUUCUUCUAAUACGGGAAGAAAAUAGUUUGAGUAGCAGCAGUGCUAUAGGUGGGAAAUACAGUUUAGCUGCUGAAUUUCUAUACCUCUCUGAUUUACAGAUUGCUAAUUAAAUGGCUAUUAUUAGUUUGGCUUAAUUAGACUUAAGAAAACAACUAACUGAGGGGUUUUUUUUGUUUUUUUGAGGGUUUUCUUUGCAUGAGAAUUGUAUGUAACCAGUGAUAUGAUUAUUCCUGAAUGUACAGACAGAAAUAAGCCUGGACAUUGUUUAAUUUAAAACCUUUAAAUAGUCCCUGCUUUAAGGGACUAUGAUAACGUGUACUAUGACAAACGUACUUUAUUCUUCUAACGCAGUAAGAAUUAGGUGGAAUUUUUUCCUUCAACCAAGUGCAGGAAAGCCCUGUGUGUCUUGGUUUAGUUAUGGUUUCAUUUCUAGCCAUACAAUUGAUGAAUUGUGUACAACUUUUGUUAGUACCAAAAUAAUCUGUUAUAUGAACAGACUUCUAAAAUAAUGUCUGUAUAUUUUAUAUAUAGAUACAUAUAUGAAAGAAGGCUUUUAUUGAACAGCUUAUCUUCCACUUGCAGGUUUAUGGAAACAGCAGUAUUUCAAAAUAAAUAAAAAGUGAGAGAAUUCCUUGCUGUUAGAAGAAUGUGGUCAUUAUUUUGAUUUUUUGAAUGAGAUAUAUAAUCAAAGUACUGCUGAACUGUAAGUGCAGUAUUCUAAACAUUUCAGCUAGUAAUACCACUGAUUUAGAAACAAAACUGUUUAUCUCUGGUUUCUGAAUUUAAAAUGUUGGGAUUACCUGUUUAAAUCUGUCUUGGGGGAUGUAGAGAUUAAGUCUGUACAUACGCGUGCACAUAUAUUCAUGCACCCUCUGAUUUUGGUUUUCUUGUUUCUGAGUUCUUAGAAAGUACCCACAUACUCUUUUUUUUUUUGUAGAAGUAGCUGUCAUAGAGUGAAGAAAAGGAUAAGACUUUAAACAGUUGAUUCUUUUUGUGUUUUCUACAAACUGUUUUUUGAAAUUUAAAUCACAAACUCAUUUUCUGGUUUUUAGAAAGUAGAUGAUGAUUUCAGAGGAGUAAGGCAUGCCAAGCAGCAUGCUCAGUGGGGUUUUAGGCUGUCACAUGCAGCUGAGAAAAGGUAUGUUCAAGUCAUAAGUAGGUAAUUGAUAGGGUAUGAACUAGUCAAAAUAUGAACCGUUAUGAUUCAAGUUAGAUUUUCCUCUGGAGAGACAGAUCUGAAUGUUCAGUUCUAGCCAAGGUAGAUUUUACUUUCAACUUUUUAUCAGUAUCACUUUCUGUGCUUAACUCUUUGGUGUUACCUUGUCUGUUUUCAUUUGUCUGAAAUUCUGCAGAGAUGACUAAAAUUUGACAUAAUGGUGUAAAUGGAUUGUUAAGGUAACUUUCAGUUGAAGAUUAAAGCAAGAUGCCAUUUUCCCCAUGACUUUGGUUUUGUUUACAUUUUUCCCUUUCAGUUAGUAUACACUACACAUACUGUAAUAAAAUACAAUAAUAUGACAA